CGGGCCGGUAAAACAAAGAGAGAGAGAAAGCGGAGGCCGCCUUUGCUGCCCUCCUGCGACUCCUCCUACUCCUACUCCCAGUGCGUCGUGCUCCUGGCCUUCCUCGCGCACCUCCUGCUGUCAUUCUCCCUCCCUCCCGGUCUCCUCCUCCUCCUCUCCCCAACCACCUGGCCUCUGCCUGCGCGGACCGACCUCCAUGGCCACCGCACCGUAGCCCUGGCCCGUAAUAAGGAUGUUUUAGGCAGACAGGAUCCUGUGGCUUGCACUUCCCAAACGGGAUCAUGGUUAAUACCAAACGCGAGCCUGCCGGAGAGGGGUUACCUGAUGGUUGGUUGAAAGAGUACAGGCCUAGAAAGGUUCGGCAUGGAACUAGGGCCAGGAGGGACAAGUUCUACAUUGAUCCUACAAAUAGCUACGAAUUUCGUUCUCUCAAAGAAGUUCACCUCUAUCUCGAAUCCCAAGAUACCAGUGACCGUGUUGUGACGCCAAACAAGAGAAAAAUUGAGGACCUGCAGGUUUCAGGGAACCAGUCUCAACAUUCUGGGCGGCCAUCAUCGGAGCCGAAGGGUGUCUCCAAAGGGAGGCUGGCUGAAUUGAAGCUUCAGAUGGCAAGAGAGAAAGAUCAGCCUCUGAAGCAUGAAUCUGCUGGAAGAGAAGAAGCAAAUGUGGAGCCGAAACCCAAGGGGAAAAAGCAAAAAACUGAACCUGUGAAACAGAUUGCUGCACCUGUUCGAUCGUCACCUCGUUUGACUGCAGUGAAAAGGGACCAGGAAGCGAAUGAUGUGCCUGGUGAUGCACUUGUCGGCGCUACAGAUACCAAUGGUCAGUUACAACCAGCAAAGCAGGUCAAAAAUCCUAAGUCAAAGGCAAUUUCCUCUCCAGUAAUUCAGAAUAAAGAUGGUGCACAUGCCCCAAGUACUUCUGGAAAUGCUGAAGACAAGUAUCCUUCAGCUCCUGAACAGAUACUAGGAGCAUCUGCUGCAUGCUCGUUAACAGACGUUGGAUGCCAGAAUGUGGAUGCUCCGCCGCAACCGAACGGACUUGUUGGAACAGCUGAUGCUAUGCCCGGAUAUUCCCUGUCGUCGCUGUUUCGAAGUAUCUGGUCAGACCCAUGCCUGGAGUUUGCAUUCAGGACUCUUACAGGUGAUAUCCCUGUCCUUGACAACAACGUAGCUGUUGCAAAUUACUUCCUUCCACCACAGGACUUGAACAAGGGGACCGUGCCGCCCAAUUGUUCGUCUUCCACUUAUGACGGUGCUCGGAAGAACCAUGGCCAAGUCGACAGUGUCAGGCUGCCAAUGCCAAGGCCAUCAGAUAAGCUCUACAGCAGUGGCUGGUUCCCUCCCCAGUGAACUCCAUCUGGGAAAUAAGCAACAACUGCCCAAAGUGCAAAUAAGAAGGAAUCCUUAGUUCAGGUCAUAGAUAAGCCUCGUAGCGCUCAUCGUUAGGGUACCUCGACAAUGAUGCAUGUUUUAAUAAAGACUUGUGUCUUGUUGUAACCGCAGUAGAUGAUCCAUCGCUAAUAUUACCCAUCAUAUGGUAGACUUUGGCAGAACUUUUGAAUCUGUGUAGUAAGUUGACUUGGUAGCAACUCUUUUGUUGUCCGGUUAGCGGAUAGAGAAGCCGACGGUACAGAGAAAGCCCCCUGAUUUUCAUGGCUGGGGUUUUCACUCUGUCUGCCAAAAGCCCUUCCAGUUUAAUCAUGGAUGAUGCUUGUAAGACAUGUUAUGUUAACUGGACUAAGUUAUAGGUGGAUUUGGCUUCUGUGAUUA